AUGAUCCAGGGCAUCUUUUACGCACGCUUCUUCCCGAAAGAAGGACCUCACAUCGUCGCCCAGUCGCCCCCCGGCUGCGUCACACAGUCCGACGGCAGCCGGCAGCCGCUCUUCGACUUUGACGUGCUGCAAGAGUACAUCAUCCCGCGCCAGGCCUUUUGCAACCGCUACGUCACCAUCAACACGCCCGACGGAAAAUACACCAUUCUCGGCCAUCCUGUCGUUAUUGCCGACGUUAAGUACCGACGCAAUGAGUUCAUUUUCAACUUUGGCCUGAUUGUCGAGGCCGACGUCGACCAUACGCCCUAUGAGCGGGUCGUGCGUUGUCUCGCCACCACCUUCAACGAGAUGGAGCGCCAGGACGAGUACCUGAGCCGGGGCGAGUCCCGUGGCCAAGACGACGCACGCCGGCCCAUUGCGAGCCUCCUCGAGAUCAUCAAGGAGGACCUCAACAACUACGGCGAGUGCAUGAUCCCCGUCGACGACGCAAACACCAUCAACAUGAAGCUGUUCCCCAAUCACCCCAUCCCUCCGGUCGUCCAGGGCUGGCACGUACCCGUGGCCAAGACCAAGUUCGCCGACAUUGUCGAUCCCACCUGGGACUUGACGCUGCAAAAAGUCAUUGCCAAGAUUGACGGCGUCUCCGACGUCCGCCGCAUCGCCCACGAGGCCGGCGUCGCCCUCGACCUGGCCAAGACGGCCCUCCGCCACCUCCUCUACUACGACACCAUCCUCCUCCUCGACAUGUUCUUCUUCGCCUCGUGCUACGCGCCCCGCCCGGGUAUCCACGAUUUCAUCCGCAAUGUCGAUGGCAUGGUCGACGAGUGCGCCGGCUACGUCUCGCACGGCCGCGUCCGCGUCGCAAACUACCACCUCAUCAAGCUCCUGACCAACUUUUCCCAGGGCAAGAGCAUCAAGGAGUGGAUCAUGGCCAGCAACGACAACGGCUUCGACGUCCUCACCCAUGUCGACGUCCGUCGCUUCGUCCAGUUCGGCGUCAUCAAGGGUUGCCUCUAUCGCAUCCACAAGUAUGUCAUGUCCAAGCAGUAUCUCGCCGCCCUCGCCACCGGCCAGAGCCGCCCCGAGCCCGGCGGCGACUCGCUACAAAAGUAUACCGAUGGCAACCACCACUUUGAUCAGAUCAUCACCGAGAAGAACCUCACCGACGGCGAGAUCAUGGACAAGCUCAAGGCCCUGCCGGUCCCCAAGGGGGACCUCACCGUCAUGUACCGUUGA